GAGAGAGAGAGAAAGAGAUGGUUCUGUUCUUCUGUCUCCCCCAGAGACGUGCCAGAUAUAGAAGGGAGAGCAAAAGAGAGAGAGUACUACUAUUGUAUUCAAAUUUCAAUGCGGUGACUGUGGCCAGAGCUUGUCAAACAAGUGGAAAGACUCGGUUAGAAGUAGAAGAGAGUCGGGGCAGGUGAGCAAAUUCAGGAGGAAGAAGAAACACGCAUACAGCCAGUUUGCCAGCAGGAAUUGAAUGAGAGGUUAGAGAUAAUCUUGAAAGUUCCUAUUCCAUUUCCAAAGAAAUGAAGUGUUUCACGUAUUUCAAAGACAGAACUAGAAGUAGGGAACAAAGAUCAGCGCCAAUACUAGAAGACCCUAGCAAAUCCGAGACAUCGGCAGGUGGCAGAGAGACUAAAUCUUCAUGUUCAGCAACUUCACACCGUAGUAUUCCGGAAUUGUAUGAAGAAAAGUCACAGAACUUGAGGGUUUUCUCAUUCUCUGAGCUCAAACAGGCGACUAAUGGCUUUAGUAGGUUACUUAAGAUUGGGGAAGGAGGAUUUGGAAGCGUGUACAAAGGCUCAAUCAAUCCUGCAGAUGGACAGGGUGACUCUACUGUAGUCGCCGUUAAAAUGCUCAAUCGAAAUAGCUUUCAGGGGCAUAAGCAAUGGGUGGCAGAAGUACAUUUUCUCGGGGUUGUGGAGCACCCAAACCUUGUCAAACUUAUUGGAUACUGUGCUAUAGAUGGAGAACGAGGGAUCCAACGGCUCCUUGUAUAUGAGUUCAUGCCAAACAAAAGCUUGGAAGAUCAUCUCUUCAAUAAAGCUUUCCCAGCGCUUUCUUGGGAAAGGAGAGUACAGAUAGCGCUUGGAGCUGCUCAAGGAUUGACUUAUUUGCAUGAAGAAAUAGAAGUCCAGGUCAUAUAUCGAGAUUUUAAAGCAUCAAAUGUGCUAUUGGAUGAGGAUUUCAAACCAAAGCUUUCAGACUUUGGGCUUGCCCGGGAAGGGCCGACAGCUGGACACAGUCAUGUUUCGACAGCGGUUGUGGGGACAUAUGGAUAUGCUGCUCCAGAUUACAUCGAAACAGGACAUUUGACGACUAAAAGCGACGUAUGGAGUUUUGGUGUGGUACUGUAUGAGAUCCUCACUGGAAGGCGGUCAUUUGAAAGAAACCUCCCCAAAACGGAGCAGAAACUUCUGGAAUGGGUAAAACAGUACCCUGCCGAUAGCAAAAGAUUCAGCAUGAUAAUGGACCCGCGACUUGAAAAUCAGUACUCACUCGUUGGGGCCCGUAGAAUUGCCAAGUUGGCGGACCGGUGUUUGGUAAAGAGCGCAAAGGAUCGGCCAAUGAUGAGUCAGGUGGUGGAGAGUUUGAAGCAAAUUAUUCGGGUUUCGGGUGAGGAAAGCCCUUCGUCUGAUAAGAGCUUAGAGUGCAAUGAACAUGAUUCGGUUAACUCGGAUAAGAAGCCGGAAGGGGGGGGACCUUCCGAAUCUUCGAAAAGGCGGAUGGCACAUUUGGCGAAACUGAGCGAGCAUGUCGGAGGAAUCAACAGACGGAAGUUUAUGAUACUGCAGAGUGCUAAAGUGCCUUAGGAAGGGUGUGUUUUUUUUUGGUGUGGGAAUUGGAUUUUGUUAUGUUGAUAAGUUUGUACUGUUUUUAAAAAGCAAAAGCAAGGUACUCGAGCUCGAUUUAUGUGGUCUGUUCGGUUAAAAGGAUAGCAACAAAAGUAAUUUUAUGACCUUGAUUUUU